AUGGAGGCGCAGCUGAAGAAUGUUCUCCAGACAUCCGUCCUCACCCCAUGUGGACACAUACAGGGCGGGUGUAUCAGCGAGGCGUGGAAGUAUGAGACCGACCGGGGCCGAGUGUUUGUAAAGUGGAAUCAAAGAGAUCAGGCUAUGACAAUGUUCAGAGGGGAAAUUGCAAGUUUAGCGGCAAUAAGGAGAACAUGUACUGUGCGUGUACCCACUCCCAUCACGUUGGCCGAGCUCCCAGCAGGAGGCGCUCUUCUUAUUAUGAAAUGUCUGGAGCUCCGACCUAUCUGCAGAUUUGCUGGAAAACUGGGGGAGCAGCUGGCGGAUCUACACGUCCAUAAUAUGAGAAUGAAAAUGCAGCAAAACUGCGGGACUAUAGGUGAGCGGACAUGGAGACAAUGUCCGGACGGUCUGCGGCCCGUGGAUAAGUUCGGGUUUCACACUACGACCUGUUGCGGAUACAUCCCACAGGAGAACGAGUGGCAGGAGGACUGGGCGACCUUCUUUGUGUCUCAGCGUCUGCAGCCGCAAGUCCAGUUGAUCGAGAAGGACUAUGGGGACCGGACUCUUCUGGGACUGUGGUCUGAGCUGCAGAUGAAGGCCCAUAAAGCCUUCAGAGAUACUGUCCUCGUUCCCUCUCUCUUACACGGGGACCUAUGGGAGGCCAACGUUGCGGAGGAUGACCAGGGCCCGGUUCUCUUUGACCCCGCCUCCUUCUAUGGACACUCUGAGUUUGACUUGUCGGUGGGUGAGAUGUUUGGAGAGCACUGUGAGGACUUCUACCAGGCGUACCACAGGAGGAUCCCCAGGUCUCCCGGCUUCGCCCUCCGGCGCCUCCUCUACCAGCUCUUCCACUCCCUGAAUAACUGGAACCACUUUGGCGCGGUGUUCAGGAGACGCACCCUGGACCUGGCCAGAACCCUCCUCCAGAUCUUGUGAGGUCAGACGAUGGCGGACGGAUCUACAUGACAGUCAUGGCUUGUCCCCGA